GUGUUGUGGAGCUGUGUUGUGGAUACUCAAAGGCGGAAGAAGGGGAUGUCAGUGAGAAAUACGUUAUUUUUAUAAUCAACGGAAACUAGAAGUUACGUUGGUAAAUCCCCUUUGUCAUGUUCCAAGAAUCGACCUUUGAAGGCCUUAAAAGUUUCCGGGAAUCGUUCGUAAACACAUACAAGUGAAAGUUCUACUUUACCUCAACUCUUCUACGUUUACUCCACGCUUCUUGAUUUGAAAAAAGGAACAACAUUUCCGCCUCGAAAAAUGGAAGAAGAAAUCGCCAAAACAGAGUAUUGUUCAAAUUGGUAAGUUUCUUAUUCUAUUACUUGUCGUUGAUUACAAUCUUGGCCGAUCUGACAAAGGGAAGACUGAAAACCAAGUAGUUCCUGCUUUGCUGUGUUGAAAAUAUGCUAAGCGUAACUGCAUCGUCAUAUUUUUUUGAAAUUACGCAUAUGUUAUUUUAUUUGUAAAGUUAAAACUUUGCUUCGCAAACAGUGGCCUCUUCAACGAUCUGUAGCACUAUUUAAAUCUGUCUACUGCCAGGAGAGUACUUUAUAGGAGUCCGUCCAUUCCUUGCUCAAUCUUCUAACGUACUUUAAUUAAAAAAUAAGCCAUCAUUCUAGUCGUAUUGCUUUAAUUUAUUUUAGCUUUUUUUCGAUGAUCUCAUAUUCGCUGUUUUUCUUACACUGUUCUUGUUUCGUUAUCUUGCAUAGACAUAGACUUGUGGCUUGGUUAGCCUAUUACAUAUUUAUCGAGAAACUAAUUUGAAUUAUGAUAAUCGCUUCGUGAUAUUUAGUGAUCGAUACAUCUGCCCUUACUAGUAGCAGCAUUAGACUUGAUUUUUUUGUCUGUUUUUCUUCUGUUUUGUGCCUUUAAUUAUCGAUCUGGCUGAUCUAAUCAUUGUGGCAAUGUAUCAUCCGUUUUGGUUUAUGAGCCAGCGUGAUAUUCUAUAUAGAAAAUCUUUGCCGAUCUUCCGUGAUCUUUAACUGAUUUACUACCAGUCCCCCAAAGAGAACCCAUUCACUUGGAAAUCGGGUAAUUACCCUUCGAGAUUAGAGCAUCGCAAUGAUAAAUUGAAGUGAAUUCUGAUGUUUCAAGUAGCUAAAAAUAGUCAAAGUCCAAAUCUCAACAUCGCAGUCAUCAUUACAAAGCCAUUCUUUUGUUGUCAAAGAACAUGGAUUUUUUUUACUCAUUCAGGCAUCUGUCAUGCAAUAAUAUUUCGAGUUUAUUGAACCUUAUUCAGAAUGAAAACAACCUUUUGUGUAGGGAAGAAUCACUAGGAGCAAAGUCCAUUUAUGGAGCUAUAGCCCACUGUACAAAAAUAAAUCCUUCUUUACUAAGCAAACACUUGAUGACUGAAACUUGCCUUUGGUUUUGUUGAGGUGAUCAUAUUCUUGUUACCAUGAUUUCUCUUCCCCCAAAUAAUGCUAGAAAUACAUAAAACAGUGUUCUGUGGCCAUUCUUUUCCAGCUGAACAUGUAUGCUAACAAAAAUAAUUUUUCUUCCUUGCACACCGCUCAGGGUAGAACCUUAUUUUGUUCUGAAGAAUAAUUAUUAUUAUCUUUCACUGCUGCAAAAUUAGUUACAGCAGCAUUGAAGGAGGUGUCUUUAUCAUAGGGCGCAUCUAAAAAAAUACUUCUUUUACCUCAAACCUCCCUCCGAAAGUGAGUAUUUUCCUCUGAUUUUACCGAGUAUAAACUUUUAACUUCUCUUGUACGACAGCCGACGAGACAUUCCAGCAGCCAACUAUGUCAUGCAUGUCACACAUUGUCAAAGGAAUCUCACAUUAUGUAAGGUGUGUGGUGAACCUGUGCCGACCUCACAGCAAGAAGAACAUUUUGAAGAAAACCAUGUCAAGGUGACUGUAAAGUGAAAUUAUUUUCAUUUAUAUAAUUUUAUUUCAUGGUUUUAACCUCUGAACUCAUUUUCAGUCAUUAUGUCAUAAUUUUUACAAAAUGAAAUUUGGAUUUUUUGUCUAAAUUUUACCUUGACCCCGUCUGGUAGUGAAAGGGUCACGAGUUUCAAUCCCUCAAUUUGUUUCAGUGGGGGUUAUUAGAAGAUAAGGUAUACAUGUACAUGUAGGCAUCAUUUAUUUUAUUUUAAAGGUAUAGUGAAUAAUUCCUGCAGGCUGAUACUAGGUGACAGUAUGCUAGAGACUAGGGUACAUGUAUUCUUCAAGACUUGUGGGGCAUAAUAUUAAGGUUAAAACUCAGACGCACUUAUUACCGGUAAUCUAUGGUUACUACCAGUAUUAGGUUGUACUAUAUUUGACAUGAACACCCUAAUUAUAGCAUCCAUGAGAAACUCUCAAGAGUUUUUAGUGUUGCAGGUUCCCGUUUUGAGAAGAAAUAAAGCCACUAACUCCAGUACUUCUAACCAUCCAUUUUUUAGCGGCAAUGAAAACCCAUGUAUUUGGUAAUUUAUUUGAUUUUACUAGAUUAGCCAUCACAUUUCACAUUUGCAUGGGAAGUUUGCCUCUUGGGGAUAAAGAUGAAGAAAAAUACAAAAAUGUUUUUUUUAUGAGUUUUAUUUCUCCCAGUAAUAAACGGUGAAAAGUUUGCUUGUUAUUGCAAGGGUUGAUGGGGUAUCAUUUAGGUCACUUCCACUGAAACCAUCCUUCAUGUCUGUCAUUUUUUACAGGUCAAAUGUGACUGUGGGGAACAGGUGGAGAAGAUGAACCUUGAGGAACACAAGGUAAACUAUUUUACAUAGAGAUGAACUUAUCUAAUCAAUAGUGCAACCUUGAUAUAAUGAACCUCAGACUUUCCACAAGUCUCACGACUUUGUCAUCAGUCUCAUUAUGCUCUCAGGAGUUGGCUCCUGAUUUCUCAUGCUUUCUCAAAAAGUCAUACUCCGAAACAUUUUGGAGCUGUAGGGCGUGACAUUUGCAAAUCAGAUAUCAAUAGAUAGCCAGCUCAGUCCAUGGAAAACACUUAGCGGUCACAUUUGAUUACAUUCUUUAGCCUAUUGCAACUUGCCACUGCCCACCAAAUGUGCAGACUUAUUCCGUUUCUCUUGUUUUUAGAUGGCUGCCAAUAAAAUAUAGAAUUACAAAACCUAAAUUGUAAAAUCGUGAUGUUUACUGCUCCAGCUUGUGACUUCCAAAUACUCAUAACCCGUACUGAAAGUCCGUCCACUAGGAAAUUUGGGACAUCCAGGACUUUUUACCUAUUUCUCACUAUUUUCCCAGCUCAUGGUUCAUAAUCUCACAUUUUUGCCUUUUGGGGGAUGGCGAGUCUGGAACCUCUAUAUUACUAAGUCCUCAGUAUAACAAACAAUUUUCUUUACCCCCAGUAAUAGCUAUGAUAAUUAACCUUGAAAUAACGAAACCUCAUUAUAGUGAACAAAUUAAUUACUGAAAUUUUGGUCCUUGUACACAGAAAUGAAAUCAUAAUAACAAAUAUAUUAAUAAUGAAAUUAAACAUAACAUGACUAAAAUCACCAACUGGCGUAAGUCAAACUUGUUGGUUAUUUACAAGUUUGGCCAUUAGGAGUUAACCUUAGGGCUACUGUGAAACAAAUUUAGCCAAUUGUAGAAUUGGCACUGAAAAUCAGGACCUCCAGGUUAUGUGUCAAAUACAGUGAUCACUCAGUGUGCUAUCAAAGCUGUGUCCAAUAUACAGGUUUUGGCAAUUCAAAUAAGAUAUUGCUGUGUCUUUGUUAAUUUUAGUUUAUCCUCUUCAUGUACUGUCACAAAUUUGUUGUUCAUGAACAUCUGCAUUUUAGGACCACCUUGCUAUAUGAUGAACCCCCUGUGUAAAUAAUUGUAAGGCUAAAAGUUAUAAUUAGCUACACAGAACUUUGAAAAUGUGCUGUUUGUAAUGUGUUUUUGUAACCAGAUUGGUUUGCAGUGGAAUUCUUUUUGAAAAAUCCCACCUUAAAUCCUUACCCUAAAGAUCUAAAAUCUUACAAGCCAGGGCCGAGUUGUUCAAAGCUGGGUUAAGAUAACCCACAGUUAGUGCGAGAUUUAAAAAGCAUGUCAGUGUUAAUUAUUUUUGUCUACAAGUUGAUGAUUGAAAGCUCUAAAUAUAACAGAGAAAAUUAUCCGAGAAAAUGCUUUUGAACACAAGAAAAAGAAACCCGGGUUAAGCGCUAAUCGGCCUUCAAACAACUGGGCCCAGGAGAUCAAAGAAGUUUUUAAAGCUAUAAAGCUAAUUACUGUCUUUAAACUUUUCUUGAUGGAUAGGAAAAGGACUGUCCAAGUCGUCUUGUGAAGUGCCAGUACUGUGAACUUGAAAUUGCAUUCAGUGAGUUGAGCUCUCAUGUAGAAUACUGUGGGAGCAGAACUGAAAAAUGUGAGAUGUGUGACAGAUACGUUCAAAAAAAGGACUUAGAAUUGCACCUGCAAACUGGCUGCCAGUACCCAGUUAAAGAAGAAAAGAAGUCAAUUCCAUCCAAUGGGCCAGAUAACUGGUUUUCUGAGAUACCUGUUGGAAUGUUGCAUGCUAUGGGGCUGAUGGGUUCUUCAGAAACAAGUUCAGAAAUGGAGAACUUUUUUCCAUUUGCUCCCGGGAUGCGUGAAUUUGGGAAAAUUCUCACUACAGGACUUGGUACUCCACCAUUUAAUGGUGCAAAUUAUUUUGGUGAUGUUGAUGAAGAUAGUCCGUUUGAUGGCAGACAUGAUGUUAUAGCUCGUGGGACACAAGGGAUGGCAAAGAGAAGGAUUGAUCGACACAGUACAGACAGUUUUGAACAUGUCGAUGUUGAUUAUACAUGGCAGAGUAAUGAUGACGAUGAAAGGUUUGCAGCAGUGUAUCAGGCUGACGAGUUUGACCGUACAAAUGGCCCUUUCCCGGCAUCAUCCACUGUAGUUGAUGAGCCUUUUCCAAACACACCAUCUUCUCCUGUGGCUGCCUUUGCAAAUGGUUUGUUGGAUGUUUUGCUUAUCUUUCACUUAAAAUUCUAGGUUAUCUGUGAUUGAAAUGUUUUAUUGAAUUAAUGUUAAUGCAAUUCUUGCAGAGAAACAAACUCCUGUAUUGAUGUUAACAUGCAAUAUUCUUAAACUAAUGGUAAUGGGUAUGAUGCGAAGGAGGCAAAAAUUAAAACCCCUCGAAAAAUCCUUAGGGCUCUCAAUGAAACCCCAAAAUAUCCUUUGAUCACCCCAGUCACUAAGGCCCUUUUUACAAGGAGGAAGGGUAACCCUGGUGCUAGGGUUACCCUAGCACUCGCACAUUUAUUCUUUUUUUACACAACGUGUUUACAAGGCAGGUAGGGUCACCCUAGUGCUAGGAUAACCCUACCCUCUUGGUAGGGUUACCCUAGCAAGAGGGUUACCCUACCUUCCUUGUAAACACUCUACUAGGGAUAACUCGCCUACCUGGAACAACUUUCCUCCGUCAUGCAUGACCAUUAAUCUUAUCAAGUUGAACAGAAUUAUCCAAUUUCUGAGCUAAAUCAUAAAUGUCUGAACAAUAUAAGGUAUUUUCUGUACAUGUUGAUAAUAUUUUCCUAUUUUUUCGUGAAUUUAACGUGUUUUCAUAGAGAACUUCAAGUUUUUUUUCAAAUCUCAGAUGUUACAAAGAAUGUCACGCAUGAUAAAACGUGUCAGUAAAGCUGGUUAAGUUGACCCAGGUAAUAGGGUAACCCUACCUGUGAAAUUUGCUUGUAAACCAGAUCUACCUUUAACCCACUUGCUAGGGUAACUCUGGCACAAGGGUAACCCUUUCUCCUUGUAAACAGGCCCUAACUCCUGAGUACUCCCUUGGGAUGCCAUUAUAUAUAUUAUAGCAGCUAUGGGGUGAAGUUUGUUGUUUUGUUUAACAGAUACAACUCAGCUUCCUUGUGAGUUCUGUGGGAAACUGUUUCAGCUGGAUUCCCUUAUCUUGCACCAGGUAAAACAAUUAUUGUAGAGAUAAUAAAUAGUAAUAAUGAAUAAUAAAUAGUAAUAAUGAAUAGUAGAAAGUCCGGUUAAUUAAGGAUGAGCUAAAGCAUGCUGCCUGAGCACAAAAAUAUUAUAUUUAAAAGGGUUUUAAAGACCUGCUCGGAGUAGCUCAGUUAGCAGAGCACUGCAGUGCUCUGGGAUACCUUUGAGGCCCCCCAAUUUUUUUUCAGACCUGAUUUGCAUUAUUUCUUGGAUUGCAAUUACAACUGCAAAGGUUAUAUCCUCUCUUAGUAUUAGUCAUCCUAGUCAUCCCGGUCAAUCCAGUCAUCCUAGUCAUCCAGUCAUUCCAGUCAUCCCAGUAUCCCUAGUUUUUGCAAUCAUCCCAUUCAUCUUAGUCACCCUACUCAUCCCAGUCACCCUAGUCAUCCCAGUCACUCUAGUCACCCAGUCAUCCCAGUCAUCCUAUUGACCCUAGCCAUCCCAGUCAUUCCAGUCAUCCUAGUGACCCUAGUCAUUCCAGUCGUUUCAAUCACCCUAGUCAUCCUAGUCAUCCGAGUUAUCCAAGUCCUCCUAGUCCUAGUCAUCCCAGUCGUCCUUGUCAUCCCUUAGUCAUCCCAGUCAUCUUAGUCAUACCAGCCACCCUAGUUAUCGAAGUCAUCCCAGUUAUCCUAGUCAUCCCAGUCAUCCUAGUCAUUCCAGUCAUCUUAGUUGUCCCAGUCACCCUAAUCACUGUAGUCAUCCCAGUCAUCCAAAUCAUCCCAGUAAUCCAAGUCAUCCUACAUGUAGUCACCCUAGUCAUGCCAGUCAUUCUUUUCAUCUUAGUCAUCCCAGUCAUCAUGGUCAUCCCAGUCACCCUAGUCAUUCCAGCUAUCCCAUUCAUCCCUGUCACAUUAGUCAUCCCAGCCAUCCUAGUCACCCUAGUCAUCCGUCGUCCCAGUCAUGCUAGUUAUUUUUGUCAUCUCAGACAGUAGUCUCAGUCAAACCAGACAUCCUAGUCACCAUGAUCAUCCCAGUCAUCCUAAUUAUCCCAGUCACCCUAGUCACCCCAGUCAUCGUAGUCACCCUAGUCAUCGCAGUCACCCUAGGCAUCCCAGUCAUCCCAGUCAUUCUAAUCUUUCUAGUACCAGUAAUCUUAGUAAUGCCAGUCACCCUAGUUACCCUAGUUAUCCCAGUCAUCCUUGUCACCCUUUUCACCUUGCAAUAAUUAUUCAUCCCAUUUAUUCCUGAUGGAUGAUGAUUAUGGUCAAUUAUGAUUAGUCAACCAUGAUAUUAUUCAUGAGUAGUUAAUCUGUGUCAGUAUUAACUUAAGAAAUUUUAAAGUAUUUCCUCAAAGUUUUUGCAAGUUUCUAAUGAAUAGCCUAGUUCAUUGAACUGUUCGGCAGGUGAUGUGCUGAGAGUGUUUUAAAAGAUGUAAAUCUAAAGCCCAGACAUAAUCUAUUUUGAGCACUAUAAUGAGGCCUUGUGCAUACAGGAGUAGACAAAUCAUGAUGGAUACUUCUGGUAGAUAGAUCAUGUUAUUAAAAAAGUACAUUGCAGCCAUAAGACUUCUAUGUUAUUUUUAAAACUGGACAAUAAUCAUUCAUUAGACAUUAAAUAUAAUAGUAUAUAAAACGUUAAAUAUAAUAGUACAUAAAAAUGUAUAAAAGUAGCAUACAGUUGAAUUACUCCUAAUGUGUGUUACAUGUUGAUAAUGAGAGGUAAUUCAUUUGCCUCCCUUUGUAAUUUUUGUUUAUCAGGAUUGAUGUAAAUUACUAUUUUGGUGGCACAGUAUAUGGUCCCUGUUUUUCCAAUAAUUGUCUUUUUUUUGGUGUAUGUGUUCAGCUGUGGCAUAUUCAUUUUGCUAUAACAAUGAUAAUUUAUGAGGAUUGAUAAUGUGUAUCAUGGGCCUCGCUGAAUGACCCAUGCACCCAUGCCUCUAAUGUUGUUUGUUUAGCAUGUUAGAUUGUGUAGUGGAGGCAAAAUGUAUGUACUGUCAGUGGUAUUGUAGAUUGUGUCAUUGAAGUAAAUAUGAAAACUUCUUUUAGAGUGGUUGUCAGCUGAGGUCAUUUGAUUCCUAUGCAAGCACCGGGUCUGCUGACAUCUUUUAUGAUGGCACUCCUAUGUACGACAUGCCUGGACCCUACAAUUCUACUGUUCCUAUGGUAAGUGAGGGAGUGUUUUACGGUUUGUUUAUUUAUUAAGGAUGGGAAAAAAAAUUGGCCAAUAGCUGACUGGCGCAUCCCUUGUAAUGAUCCAAGAAACAGUUGUGAGAUGCAUUUCUUUGCAAGUUUCUGUCUUGUUUCCCAAAUUGACGUGGCUCUCCUAUCUUUGUCAGUUAUGAAGGGGUGGAGAUUAAGACCCUAAGUGACUCCUCAUCUCGUGGCUAAUUCUCUAUUUUAUUGAUACGCAUAUACAUGGUAAAGUGCUGGGAGAAUGAAGUAGAAAAUCAGAAGUCACCGAUCGCUUUUGUCCAUGCUGCCCUUGACUAAUUAGGAAGAAGCAUUUAGAGUAUACGUGUGGUGACUGGAACAUGAGUAGAACAUGCAUUCACCAAGAUCACAGAUACUAAAUAAAACGGAAGGAAUGAAAAAUAAUGGUACAUUAUUAGGAAUAAAGUGCAAUAUAAAAAUGACACGGUGGGCGAAGGGCUAAAAUAAUACACUCCUUAAAUCACCUCUUAAGGUGCCUGAAUCUUUUGUUUUGGGCCUGGCUCAAAUUAUUUUUCAUCCCUAUUAGGCAAAAUUCAAUAGAGAUAAAGAUGAACAUAAAAAUGUAGUUUCUGCCCUUUUUUAGCUCAAUACAAUGAAAGAUUCAUAACAUAAUUAUACUCCUUCUUACUCUAAUGUCACCAUUUAGCAGUGCUGGGUGGCCCCUGGCACCUUUCCUUUGGCUCUUGGAUGACCAGGAAAUAUGGGUACUCCUGAUUUCACAGAUUCCAAUAACUGGGUUCCUGUCAAUUUUUCUUAGAGCACAGCCUUGAAAUCUAAGCGCCCUAAGCUGCACCAACCCCUGGGGAAGACCAUGUUGUUGAAGAAGUUUUUAUCAAAGUUUUCUUUAUCAAGUAUCAUGACUCAUUGUUCUUACUUGUGUAUUUUUUAGCGUGAAGAUAUUGUUGGCAAUCACAGGGAACUGACAAGUGAGGAUGAUGAAGGUGAAGUUUCCAAAAGUUAUGUUUACUUUGUUGAUUUAUUUAAUUUAAACAAUAAUUGUUUUUUUGAUUCACUGCCUCUUCUAUCGCAUAUAAUUUAUUUGCUUUACGUCAGACACCUUUAUGUUUAAGACUUAAAGAGGUGUUCAUUUUAAGGAAGUGUUCACCUUUUAGAGGGACAAAGAAAAGGGCUGAAGAAUGGCAGGGACCAACUCUAGGGACUAGGUGACGGCCUUAUAGAGAGUCAAAGAAAAUGACUGUAGAACAAAAGGGACCAUUUCUAGGUGUCUAUUUUGGGGAGGUGACCGCCUUAUAGAGAGUCAAAGAAAAUGACUGUAGAACAAAAGGGACCAACUCUAGGUGUCUGUUUUGGGGAGGUGACCGCCUUAUAUAGAGUCAAAGAAAAUGACUGUAGAACAAAAGGGACCAACUCUAGGUGUCUGUUUUGGGGAGGUGACCGCCUUAUAGAGAGUCAAAGAAAAUGACUGUAGAACAAAAGGGACCAACUCUAGGUGUCUGUUUUGGGGAGGUGACCGCCUUAUAUAGAGUCAAAGAAAAUGACUGUAGAACAAAAGGGACCAACUCUAGGUGUCUGUUUUGGGGAGGUGACUGCCUUAUAGAGAGUCAAAGAAAAUGACUGUAGAACAAAAGGGACCAUUUCUAGGUGUCUGUUUUGGGGAGGUGACGGCCUUAUAGAGAGUCAAAGAAAAUGACUGUAGAACAAAAGGGACCAACUCUAGGUGUCUGUUUUGGGGAGGUGACCGCCUUAUAUAGAGUCAAAGAAGAUGACUGUAGAACAAAAGGGACCAACUCUAGGUGUCUGUUUUGGGGAGGUGACCGCCUUAUAGAGAGUCAAAGAAAAUGACUGUAGAACAAAAGGGACCAACUCUAGGUGUCUGUUUUGGGGAGAUGACCGCCUUAUAUAGAGUCAAAGAAAAUGACUGUAGAACAAAAGGGACCAACUCUAGGUGUCUGUUUUGGGGAGGUGACUGCCUUAUAGAGAGUCAAAGAAAAUGACUGUAGAACAAAAGGGACCAUUUCUAGGUGUCUGUUUUGGGGAGGUGACGGCCUUAUAGAGAGUCAAAGAAAAUGACUGUAGAACGAAAGGGACCAACUCUAGGUGUCUGUUUUGGGGAGGUGACUGCCUUAUAGAGAGUCAGAGAAAAUGACUGUAGAACGAAAGGGACCAUUUCUAGAUGUCUGUUCUAGGAGGUCUCCACCUUAGAGAGUCAAGGAAAAUGACUGUAGAACGAAAGAGAACAAUUAACUCUAGGUGUCUGUUCUAGGGAGGUCUCCACCUUAGAGAGUCAAAAAUAUGAGUAAAUAAGGGCAGGGACCAACUCUAGGUUUUUAUUUUAGGGAGGAGUCUGCCUUGUUGAGGGACAAAGAAAAUGACUGUUGAAUGGCAGGGGAAAACUCUAGGUGAUCGUUUUAGGGGGGCAUCCCUUCAGGUUUUAUAAGGAGAAAGAAAGAAAACCUUUGAUCCAUAUACCAACUGUUAACGUGUGUAAUGACACCCAUUAUUGAACCGAGUCUGUUUGUGUUUUAAGUUGUAACGUUUUUUGUUCACCUGUGACUUAGUUUGAAGUGAUUUUUUUGUCUCUGUGGACCCUGAGAAGGGUGUGCCAUCCUCUUACGAAAUAUCUCCAGUCAUGAGAACAGUGCAAGUUGCUGUCGGUUAGCGGUUUCUUGUUGCAGAGGAACGUUGAAUAGAUCAUAGGUGAACGGCAUUCGCAUUAAUGACAGCGCUCACCCUUUUCUUUCAUAAUUUUAUUCUUCAUAGAUGAUCCGGAUGCCACAUUUUUGCCUUGUGAAUUUUGUCAGGAGCUUUUUCCUUGUGAGAAUCUUAUUCAACACCAGGUAAAUUGUUGAAUUAAACUAUAGUAAACUACAUUAAGUUUUUAACACUGUUUCCAAAGUUUUCCAAAGAUUUUAAAACCUGCACAGUAUUACUAUCUUCCUAUCUAUAUUAUUUCUUUCCUUGUGAAGUUCACUGUGUUUGCAGCAACACAAUGCACAAUCCAACAUGGCAAUUAACCCUAUAACCAAUAUCAACAAAAGAAUUCUCUGUACUGAUCUCCAUACAUUUCCCUAAAAAUUAGUUGUGAGAAUUUGUUAAAAGAUCAAAGCAUUUUCCCUUUGGUGAUCAUUUCACGAAUUCUCAUAACCAUUUUCUUUUGAUUAUGUAUUGAUAUUGUUAGGUGAUAAUUGAUGUUGGUCACUUAAAGAGUUAAUCUUUUAGUUAGUGGGUCCCAGGAGUCACCAGUCUUGAAAAGUCCUUGAAUUUUAAGGCAAGCCCUUUAAAAGUCCUUAAAUUCCAUUUUUCCUUGAAACGUUCUUGAGUUGUCUUCAACUUUGAAUGUAGUGGCUUGGAAAGUGUUUUUUAAUGCUUUUUGGAUGUCCAAGACAGAAUAUGAAUUAUAGCUCAGAGAGAUUUAAGUUUACAAAAAGUGUUUUAUGCUAGAAUUAAGACAAGUGAACUGAAAAAUGUAGAGAAGUUGGGGGAGGAAACGGUUCAAGCGUGCAAAUGUGGACUGCAAAUGUGCAUUUUGUACAAUUUGUGUAACUACAUUUCUAGUAGAUGGUCAUUAAAAAUCUAAUGUGGUUCUUGAAAAAUCCUUACAAAAUUACAGUAUGCUUUAUCAAACAGAAUGGUCUUGAGAAUUAGAAUCAUGAUCACUCAAGAUGUAUGUAAUAGAGAGGAGAAGUGUGACGUCACGUUACCAUGGUAGCCAAAUUUCUGGAUCUCUACAAUCUUUCUUGACAGAGACGGCCAUGUGCAUUGUUGAACGAUGGAAGAAAGAAAUGGGCUACCACGUUUUUCCUUAGUGCAAUCAUGCACAGGAAGUGAUACACGUAAACUUUUUUUUUUUCUGCCGUAUUGCAGGACCACGGUUUGUUGAGAUCCGCAAAUUUUGCUACCAUGGCAACGUGACGUAACGACUUCUGCUCUCUAUUUAUGCUUCAACAUCCUCCCCCUACUUUAAGGGAAUUGUAUAGGAGUGACAACUACGCAUUUCAAUUUUGAUAUUAGGGUUUAAAGGGUAAAAAAGUUCUUCAACGAGCUUAACUCUCUCCUUUGUGAUCUCAUUCGGUAUUGCUUAGUCUGUUCACAGACCUUCUAAUUAACAAAUCGACAACAAUUUUCCAUGGUCCGUACUCUUAUCGACCGUAGAAAUGACGUCAAAAUGUUGUCGAGUUGUUUUGUACAAUAGCAUUGACAGUUUAACGUCCAUUUCUGUUGAAGUUUCUUGGAAAAAUCGCGCUUGUGGGAAAGAGAAAAACAUCACGUCAUUCCAUUGUCUGUACUCUUAUUGACCGCAAGUGUCGACCAAUAAGCGGGCGAGAAAUCCCUCAAUUGUCGUUAGAGAUUGUAAAGCGAGCGUACGAAAAUAAAAACCGGAAGGAUUUUUGCUUCUUUAGCGCAAGGUGGUGCGGAAGGGUUUUUGAGAAUUCUACGCUCCUUGAAUUCUUAGGAGGAUUAAAGAAAAAAACUCUGGUGAAAAGACUGGUGAUUGCGGUUAUGGGGGUAUGGCCAUGGUCUCCCGAGCGUAUAUGGUUUAAAGUAUUUAUUGUUCGUUUCGUUUGUGGUUAUCUAGUCCAUCUGUGAUGCUGGUGCCCCAAGCCUUGCACCGCCUCUUCUUUUUAACGGCUCUGCACAACCACCAUUGAAUAAUUCUCGACCAGAAGCAAGAAGAGGGUCAAGAAGUCGGCCUAGCAGACCUGUUUAUGAAGGAAAGAAGAUCCAAAAGUCCAUGGAAAAUUUCAUACCUAGAGAGCUGGAUGAUUUCGGCCCUGAUUCACUAGAAGUGAGACGUAAUGAAAAUGGCCUUCACAGCGAGAACGGCAACUAUGGCUUUGAUGAAGUGACCAGUGCUCCUCUGAACAAUGAAAUCCCCAGAAGGGUGAGCAGCAAUCGUGCUUUGGAAAGAGAGACACUAGUAAGAAAUACAGACAAUACGGGGACAAGAAAACAGCUACAGAGAAAGGCAACUGGAGGUAAUACUGUGGUCGGGGAGACGCCAGUGGGAAAUAGCGACUUACCUCACAGGCUUUCAAGGAAGGAAACAUCUCGUGUCAAUGGGGUGGCAAGAAAACAUCAGCAGAGAAAGACAAGUGGAGAUAAUGCUGUGGUCGGGGAGACAGCGAUGGGAAAUAGCGACUUACAUUACAGGCCGCCAAGGGAGGAAGCAUCUCGUGCCAAAAGCAUGGCUGUGGACCCACUCGGAAAGAGAUCGUCGGAGUUAAGAAACGGAUUCACUAGUGAUACUCACCAGGUCCCAGUGGCAAAAAAACAUCAGCAGAGAAAGAGAAGUGGAGAUAAUGUUGUGGUCGGGGAGACGGCGAUAGGAAAUAGCGACUUACAUUACAGGCCGCCAAGGGAGGAAGCAUCUCUUGCUAAAAGCGUGGCUGUGGACCCAUUCGGAAAGAGGUCGUUGGAGUUAAGAAACGGAUUCACUAGUGAUACUCACCAGGCCCCAGUGGUCAAGCCAACAGAAAGUAGUAUGGGACAAAGAAAAAUGAACACCCGGGCCGCAAGGAACCCAGCAAAUGAAGGAGCACGUCCUACCCGUGUGCAACGGACACGUGACAGCACCAACGGCACUGUAAGUAUAUGAACGAAGGGUAGUUUAACUCUACAAUCUGGGUGUUUUCUGGAAAGCGCUCGACCGCUUUUCAGAAUUGGCUCGAGUUGUGUUGAGGCAAAGGGGGACUGAGGCAGGUCUUUGUUUGGGUUCGGUAUUAAGUGUUAAUUCUCUCAGCCCACGCUGUUACUGAGCUUAAGCAAAGACGUUUUUGAGCGACGCACGUUCGCCGAAAUUAUUACUUUUCCCUAUUAAUAUGCCUUGACGUUAACAAAUUUGUAUUGUUAACUUUCCAAAAUUCUUGCUAAACAAAGUAAGCUCUCUGUAAAAAUCGUAAUAACUUAUACAGAAAAAAAAGGCAAACCAGUCUUAUUUGCCUAUUACUCAAUCAAAUACUUCUACAAUGUGGAAUACUUUUCUGUGUCGUUACCUUGCUGAUGUGUAAUAGUUCUGUUCGAAGACCUUCCUCUACUGACUGACAUUCUAAAUAAACCAGACUUUUUUCUUAGAGAGUUUGAGUAUGACCUAUGAGAUAAGUUUCGUUUCAAAACUCUCCCUCGCAUUCAAAACAGUAUUCAGCAACCACUACUGAAAAAUUACAACGAAAAGGGGAUUCGUCCCUCAGUUGAAUCUCAGUGGAGCUAGGCGUGGAAAGCGGUGAGGAAGAAACGGGACAAGGGAGAGGGGCUUUCCCCUUCGCUUUUUUCUCCCCUUCCCUCUCUUUUUUGCGCGUGGCAUUCAAGGUAAGCGUGAGGCAAGAAAGUUCUUUGAGCCUUAGGCAAAGAUAUCACUCAAAAUGUUACUUUCUAGGUGAAGGUUGCUUUAGGUAUCCAUCAUUUUAAAUUUCAUAGCUUUUUGUUUGGCUUUUUGUUCUCUUCCAGAAACCCUUUCAGCCAAGAGUGGAUGAGGCUACGCAACCCAACAUAAGGGAUUCAAGUAGAAAGUUGCCUCCUCAAGUCAAUAAAUCAGGCACCAAAUCGAGUAAGCCGUGGCGAGAUGGUGUGAAUAUAGUUUCCGCCGCAGAAGUGCGACCUAAUGGCUCUCGAAGCAGUAAAACUAGUUUUCAAGGUUCGCCCAAGACGGUCAAUCCAACCAGCGGGUCUAGUGCUCACAUGUCAGCUAAUCCACGUAGAAAUCCUGUAGAAGGUGUGAAUACAGUCUCCGCCGCAGCAGUGCAAUCUAAUGCCUCUCGAAGCAGUAAAACUAGUUUUCAAGGUUCACCUAAGACGGUCAAUCCAUCUAGCGGGUCUAGUGCUCACAUGUCACCUAAUCCACGUAGAAACCCUCCGACAUUUGUAGUCGACGGAAUUUCUGUGAACAGUGCGCGGGGAAAACUGCAAGGGACGAAUUCGGAAUCUCAGACAAGAGACACUCAGUCUUCAACGCAACCAAAAAAGACUACAAAAAAGAAAGUGGUGUAAUGGUCUACUUAAUCGUCUACCUCGUACCCUGUGUAUUGUCACGUGAUGUUGGGUGGGUUACCCCAUGAUAUACUAAGGAAAAGUGAAAUAAUUUUCAUGAGUGCAGGUCUGUUACAAACCCUGUGGCUCGAACUUUUCUAAUGCGCUGUUGGCGAUUAUAGUGCGCACCCGAAACGGUAACAAACUCUCAUGGACUCUUAGGAGCUUACGUUCCAGUCAACUACCAUUCCUGUCCAUUGAUUCCUGUCAUACCCCGUCGCCAUAGUAACAAUGCACAUAGGUACAUAACCUGUAAUUAGGCUAAACGUUUGUGUCACGUGGUAACUUUAUCUUUCUUGGUAACUAGAUUAGCUCCUUUCUAAGUUCCUUUGAUAAAGAAACGCACUAAACAAUUCAUCUGCGUUGGUGGGGCAUGUUGAUAAUGGUUUUGCUGAAUAGUUCGGGUGAUGUAUCGUAUAGUUAGAGAUCUUAAGUAAGGUUAACGGCCACGGCGACGAGAACGACAAAAAGCAGUAAGUUUAGAUUGGCAAAACAACAACUUUGCAGGUGCAUUACGCUUUUUUGUACAUCUCUUGGCCGUCAUUGCACGAAAACAACGUGAAAAUGUCCAUUUUCACGUUUUGUGGGGGACGUGAAGACAAGACGACUUUCUUUUUCUUUUUCUAACCUUCGAUGAAGUCUUUUAGAAUUCAACUCCUGAAAAAUUGCCAACAUGUGACGAAUUGAACAAAAUGGAAUAAGUGCGAAAAAGUUUGAAGCAGGGCGACUUCACUUUUUAAUUGACGUUUUCGAAGCCGUCGCGGUCGUUUUUGGUUAAACUCCCUAAUAGAUACAAAGAGGUGCAUAACGUUUUUAACUCCUGUUGAACAGGGUUUCACAAGCUCCUUAGAGCGGUUUUCACUUGACUGUCGUAAAACCAAAACCAAAGUAAAUACACUAGCCAACCAAAGGGCGUAGUAAAACCAAAACCAAAACCAAAAUCAAAACCAAUCCCUUUCGACAGUCAAGUGAAAACCGCUCUAUUAAAAACCACAUGAAUCUAUGGACUCCUACGUUCACAAUGCACAAUAAAUUCUCCCAAAAUUGUAAAUAAAAUUCUUUUUGAGUGUCAAGCGAUCAAAUUUUCCUUAUAUUUUUCCUACGAACGGCUUGUCUCCGUUGCAUGUAUUUAUUUUUUUCCAUUUCGGAAUUGAGUUUUAACCAUUGCGCUCCUAAAUAUGGCCAAAAUUUUUCUAAAACGCAGUUUUCCCGAAUAGUAAAAAAAUAAAUAGUGCUUCGUCAAAGUACUGCUGAAAGGGUUUCAUUUGAAUGGCUACAACAUAGGAGCAAGUAUUCAUAAGUGGGUGUUAUGUCUGCCGGGCCUUUCAAAUUCACCUCUAAAUUCAAAGUGAUAAAAUUUACGGCGUUUGUAUAUAUAAAAACUUGGUGUAUCAGUAGAGGGAGCUUUAAAAGCUGUUGAACUAUUCAUUAGUCUUCACGAUGUAAUCUCUGUGAGAAAUCAAAUAAAUAUUGAGUUC